CGGCUUGGCCCGUAGCUGUCCAGCAGCCAAGAAGGGGGACGGUGGAUGUGAGGCUGCGGCGCCGGCUGAGGGAUCGGCGGGCGGGGCGCAUCUUGGAGCCGGUGGUGGAUGCGUCCUUUGGGCGGUGGGUAAUAGAGACGCGGCUCCGGGGAGGCGGCAGCGCCGGCGAUGUACAGGUGACACACGUGUUCCAAGAGCCCGACCUACGGCGCCGAGACCUGCGGCUGACGCUCACCUUUCAGGAUGUAACAUGGAAGAGAGCAAAUAACUUUCAAAGAAGCUGCUUCAUCAAAAGAAUGGCCUUUCUGGACAACCCUGCUAUUAUCCUGGCUCACAUCCGUCAGUCACAUGUCACAAGUGAUGACACAGGGAUGUGUGAAAUGGUUCUUAUUGACCAUGAUGUUGAUAUGGAGAAAAUGUAUGCUCCUGUAUCCAGCAAUUUCAGGACAAAUGUGCAGGGAGAAGGGAGUGGUGAAACUCAGGUUUAUGACUACUCGCAAUCAGUUGACAUUACCUCAAGCUGGGAUUUUGGUAUUCGGAGACGAUCAAACACAGCUCAAAGGCUUGAACGAUUACGAAAAGAACGACAAAAUCAGAUUAAAUGUAAAAAUGUUCAGUGGAAAGAACGAAACACUAUGCUUUCAGCUGAAGAACUAGCUUGCUUGUUUGAAAAGAAGGACUUCCGUACAAAACCACUGAAUACUGCAACAUCAUCUGUGCUUUCUGUACGACUUGAACAUUGUCCACAGCAGCUGAACAACCCAUUUAAUGAGUAUUCCAAAUUUGAUGGCAAGGGCCACAUAGGUACCACAGCAACCAAAAACAUUGAUGUCUACCUCCCCAUGCAAACAAGCCAGGACAAGAUGCAGCCAAUGACCGUGGUAACGAUGGCAAAUGCAAGAGUUCAAGAUCUGAUUGGCUUACUCUGCUGGCAGUACACCAGUGAAGGACGGGAACCCAAGCUGAACGAAAAUGUGGAUGUCUACUGCCUUCACAUUGCAGAGGACGAUGGAGAAAUUGAUGGCGAUUUUCCACCAUUGGAUUCCAAUGAGCCAAUUCACAAGUUCGGCUUCAGCACAUUGGCUCUGGUUGAGAAGUACUCACCGCCUGGGUUGGCAGCAAAACAGUCUCUCUUUGUUCGGAUUAAUGCACCACAGAGUGGAUUCUCACUUAUUCAAGUUGACAGUAUGAAUGUCACUAUGAAGGAGAUACUACAGAAGGCUCUAAAACGAAGAAAAGGGUCACAAAAGGCUGCAGGGCAUCAAUAUCGCCUUGAGAAGCAAAAUGAACCUAACGUAGCUGUAGAUUUGGACCGUACCUUAGAGAGUCAGAGCACUUUGGAAUUCUGUCUGGUCAGAGAAUACAGUUCAAGAGGAGAAGAGAGUUCAGAGGAUGAACCGCCUCUGGAUAUAACAACAGUGCAGGACAUUCUGAGCAGUCAACGCUACAAAUCUUACAAAGUCAGCGUCAUUCACAAGCUUCGAUUCACCACUGAUGUUCAAUUAGGUAUCGCGGGAGAAAAGGUGGAGAUAGACCCUGUUACUAAUCAGAAAGCGAGCACCAAGUUCUGGAUUAAGCAGAAACCCAUUUCAAUUGAUUCUGAUCUACUCUGCGCUUGUGACCUUGUGGAAGAGAAGAGCCCAAGCCAUGCAAUAUUCAAGCUCACAUAUCUAAGCAAUCAUGACCACAAGCACCUCUACUUUGAAGCCGACACCAACACAGUCAAUGAAAUUGUGUUGAAGAUAAACUACAUUUUGGAAUCCAGAGCAAGUUCGGCACGAGCAGACUACCAGGCUCAAAAGCAACGAAAACUUAGCAGAAGAACAAGCUUCAGUUUUCAAAAGGACAAAAAAUCAGGACAGUAGUAAACAGUCGAGACAAUUCUGCGGAGUGAGAGAAGGUCCACACUCCCACGGUAUUAUAGGUGGGAGACAGGACCAUGAAGUUGUAACUAUACAGGCUGCCAAGAACAGAGCACAGCAAAAGAAACUGAUUAAAAUUUAGGAGACAUUGAGAUCUCUUGCUACUCGUGUGUUCAAAGGAUCCUCCGCUUCCUGUUUGGGACGCAGGCUUUCCUUCAAUAUUCUUCCUCUUAACAAGCAGCCAUAUCAGAGAAAAAUGCAAGUGGCUCAUUUUGCUUCCCUAUGUUUUGAUUCACGGGGAGUAUAUAAUCACCCAAGGAUUAUGGAGACAAUAAGUUGCACUGUCAGACAAGUGACUUCACACAGGUGUCGUAGCUUGUCACUUGAUCAAAGACAAAAGUUAAUCAUGUUGGGACAAAACCAUGAAAUUUCCUUUUCUGAUUCCAUAAAAAAUACAAUUACGGGAUAAGUAGUUUAACAGUUUUUUUCUUAACAGCUGAAUAAUAGAUUUUUUAUUACCUCUGGAAGAAAUAAACAUUAGUUUUUACUGUGACCUGUAAAUGUUCCUGCAUUGUACCUGCUAACUAUAAUAUAAUGACAAAGCACUGUGUAAAAAGAAAAAAAAAAUAGCUGGUAUUAUUUCAAUCUGUCAUUUCAGACAGUAUGGGAAUGUAUAAUAUGUUUAAAAACAUUUUCUUCCUGGCAAAAAUGUAUAAAAAUCUGUGGUUUCCAAA